AUGGUUUUAAAGAGUAACUUAAUAGAUCUUGAGCAGAGAAGUAAAAAGGAGGAUGAAGAAAAUCAAUUGGUGCUCCCCGAUUUAUUGAAUGAAAUAGGUAGUACGGAUCUGUAUGAUUUAAAAAAGUUAUUGGGAGGAAGAAAGCUUGCUGAGAUAUUAGAUGAUCAAAGGAUAGAUCUUCAAUACUCCAAAUUUGAAUCAUCGUGGUAUAAUUCUCAAUUUAAAAUUUUAGAAGAAAAGAUAAAGGUGCAAGAAGAAGAAAUCAAUGCCAAGCAAAAAAUUAUUAAUGAUUUAGAAAAAAAAAUUAGGGAGCAAGAGAAAAAUACCAGAAAAAUGAUUAAAGGGUUAAAAGAAGAAAUUAGAGGGAAAGAUAAAAAAGCCAAAGAAAUAAUUAAAGAUUUAAAGACAAAGAUCGGAGAAAUUAUUUUUGAUAAUAAUUUAACUAUGACCAACAAUAGGCAUCAAAAUGAAAUUAGCUUUGAUGAUACAUUUUCACAACGAGAUAACAUCACAGGAAGAUCAGUUGAUAUAAAAUUUGACAAUUUGAGUUCAGGAUCAUAUAAACCAAUUGAACCCGUUAAAAAUGAAGAAUUUCAAAACUUGAUUAAUGCACUCACCAUCAAAUCAGUCCGUAAACAUAAGGGUUAUGAUCUUGUAUUUUCACAACAAAAUAACUUCACAAGAUCUGUUGCAAUAAAAUUUGAUGAUAAUUUGAGUCCAGGAUCAAAUGAACCAAUUAAAUCCGUUACAGAUGAAAAUUUUCAAGAAUUGAUUGAAACAUCAACUGAAAUAAAAGAUGAUGAUAAUUUAAAUUCAAAAUCAAAAAAACAAAUUAUACCUGUUACGAAUGAAGAAUAUCAAUUAUUGAUGAGAACACCCAUCAAAUCUAUUCGUAAACAAAGGGGUUAUAAUAAUAUACAUUCACAACAUGAUAACACGGCAGGAAGAAUAUCAUUUGAAAUAAAAGGUGAUUAUAAUUUGAGUUUAGGUCAAAUAAGCAAUUAA